AUGAUUUUGGUAUCAGAGAGAUUAUCAAAAAAUUCUCAAUUUAAAAUUCAUUUUCAUUUAGAAAAUAAAAAAUUAUAUUAUAAAUUUUAUAAUCAUGUAAUUAAUCAUGAACGGUACUGA